GACUUUACUUUCCGGCUCUGGGCGAUUCUCGGAGAGGCACUUGCAGCUCCCUCCCAGCAGCAGCAGCCAUGUCGGAGACGGCUCCCGAAGCGCCCGCACCCGCCGCCCCGGCCGCCAAGGCGCCGGCCAAGAAGAGCAAGAAGGCGGCGGCGGGGGGCGCCUCCAAGCCGCGCAAGGCCUCGGGCCCCAGCGUCACCGAGCUGCUGACCAAGGCGGUGGCCGCCUCCAAGGAGCGCAACGGCGUGUCCCUGGCCGCCCUCAAGAAGGUCCUGGCGGCCGCCGGCUACGACGUCGAGAAGAACAACAGCCGCAUCAAGCUGGGCCUCAAGAGCCUCGUCAGCAAAGGCACCCUCGUCCAGACCAAAGGCACCGGCGCCUCCGGCUCCUUCAAGCUCAACAAGAAGCAGGCCGAGAGCAAGGACAAGGGCGCCAAGAAGAAGCCCGCCCUCAAGCCCAAGAAGCCCGCCGCCAAGAAGCCCGCCAGCGCCGCCAAGAAGCCCAAGAAGGCGGCUGCCGUCAAGAAGAGCCCCAAGAAACCCGCCAAGAAGCCCGCAGCCGCCAAGAAGGCCACCAAGAGCCCCAAGAAAGCCGCCAAGCCCAAGAAGGCUGCCAAGAGCCCGGCUAAGCCCAAGGCUGUCAAGGCGAAGGCAAAAGCCAAGCCUAAGACGCCCAAGGCCAAAGUGGCCAAGCCCAAGAAGGCGGCGCCCAAAAAGAAGUGAGCAUCUUUCCUCGUGCGGAGGGGAGAAGACGCCAGACUUGUUUCUUAUCCCAAAGGCUCUUUUCAGAGCCACC